UACCGUCUUUUCCCGCCACAGGUUUGCCGGCUAGGAUUUUCAUGUGGACGGGGCAUCACAUAGAGGUAGAGGGAGGCGAUGUGCGGCUACUCUGUAGACACUCUGGCUUCCCCCAGGCAAAGGUGACAUGGUACGGGCCAGAGAAUAACCUCGUCGGUCACAAGCCUAGCGGAAAAUAUAAGAUAAUGAGAAAUGGAGACCUGGUCGUUAGCCACAGUUCGUGGCUGGAAGACAUGGGGGAGUUCAAGUGCGUGGUGUCUAACCCGUACGGCAGAGACGAGGCAUCCACCUUCUUUUACCCUGCCAUGGCUGACGAUUCGGAAGGCUUCUGAGAGCCCGAACAGUCGACCAUCCAAGUAUUACUGAACGCCAAGAGUCGGAGAGAACGUGAAGAACUCAUGCUCGAACACUAGGGGGCAGCACUAUCGGUACCUCGUUCGCGACCAUCACUGCAUGGUCGUCCUUUGGCGCCGAUCUGACCUCCUCACUACAUUUUUCACGUGGGACGUCGCCACCAGCGCGUUUGUGCUUGAUGGCCCACCCACAGACUAACGGAUACUGUAUCCGUUAGUCUGUGGCCCACCUACUACUACUCCCGUUGUAGCACAAAGGGAGAAAACUCUGGGAUAAUUAUGAGACGUCCAGCUCAGACAUGAGUUCGGGGGUCCGUCGUGAGCAUAAAGGAAAGCCUGGAAGAUGAUGCGAGGUACACACGUGAAUGUCUUUAUUACUGCCUUGAUACUCUUCUUCCAACGUAUAGAUCUCAGCAUAGCUCCUACGGGGCGCAUUCACACGUUAAUUGUCUAUUGCCUCUACAGAUGGCACUGCUGUGUGUUCACCAUCUUGUACGCGAUGUGUGCACUUUUGACCUCGCGCUUUUUGGCAGUAGUUUUUACAUACAUGUAUGAGAGUACGAGAUAAAAAUGCUUUCUCGCCAAUGACACGCAUGCACCCGCAUUUAUCGGACACGUGAUCAGGGAAUCGACUAGUCCUCAAAUACGCUCAUAGCUAGCUAACUGCGGCGUACACGCAUGGCGCAUGUAGGUUUUCAGGAAUUCUAUGAAAUGAAAGGUCAUUUACAAUCAUUCCAUGAGAAUGAGUUCCUUUCAGGGUUAUAGCACAGAGUUUUCUCGCUAACAAAUGUAUUUGCAGAAUAAUAUGUAAUGUGGUAAAUUGUCGAUCAUACCAACAGUAUGUUAGACUAAUUGUUUAACAUACUUCCGAGUAUAUCAACAAGGGACCAUAUCACACCAUUAGCAUUACCAAACGGUAUAAUCACGAGGUGAAUGAAGCAAAAUACUUUAGUAAUUAUUUAAAACUAAUAAUUAAUUAACAGAUUUGAUAAAGCAAACUAUAUCUCCUUACUGACCUACAGAUUGAAUUGAAUUUUGAAUUUGAAUAUGUAUUUGAAUUUGAAUUGAAUUGAAUUGAACCGCUCUAUUGCACGGUUCUGUAUCGCUUUAGCACGUGCCUCCUCCCAAGCUUGCUUUAUUUCACGCACAUUAACAGGCAUUGGAUCAUCAUAGAACAUAGCGCUUCACCUAUUUAAUAAAUUAUUGCAUGAACAUUGUCGGCAUCACUGCAGCAUAGAAAUCUAAUAUUUAGUGACGACGCGGAAAACACCAAUAUUAAUUACACACACCAAGUAUUGAUGGUCUAUGAGAAUUCAUUUAUUUAUUAUUUAUUUUCAGACAAUGCUUUUUGUUGUUGUAAUAAAACAUUCCAAUUCGUAAA